GCAGCUUCCACGCCUGUUGCCCGGAGACGAGGUCUGGGUCGCGCCGACACCGGGAGCUAACGGGUCUUGGAGGAGAGGGCGAGUAGAAGGUCUCAAAGGCGAACGAAGCUACGACGUAAGAGUUGGGGAUAGUCUAUUUCGACGCAACCGGGUGCAGUUAAGGAGACAACGUGGUGAACAAGCACGGCAUCGUGCGAAGCAGCCAACGCAGCCGGACAUUUCGGUGGAUACGGCAGCACACGACCACAAGACUACACGCAGUGGAAGGCGAUACAGCGCUUACGCAAUCGGACUACAAAAAAAACGAAAAAAGGAAGGAUGUGAUGGUAGCUUACGUGCCAAACCGCCAGCCAACAGCGCGAACUGGUUUCCACCAAUCGGCAACACAAUCGGAGAUCGCAAUCAGUUCGCGGCACCGCCAACCAGUGGCGCACACAAGCUACCGAUCGGACGAACAGACCAACGGCUCGGCAAAGCGUCUGGCAAACAAGCGUGGUCCGAAUAUCCAAUCAAAACCCGAGACGGCUCGCAAACGAGUAAGCGACGUUAAGGGGAUCGAGGACUUGCAUCAGACGCCUGACCAAUCAGCGUCACGUCAAUCCGGUACGCGAACGACCGUCCAUAGGCCAGAAAGAGCAGGCACUGAACCGAAACCCAUCGGCCGAUUGGUUUUUGAUCGUCAAGACACAGCAUGGGGAACCAAUUGUAGCAAAUGCCAUGGACGAAUUACGACCGAACGAUUGGAGGCGAAACGCCCAGGAUCAAAGGACACUGGCAAAUGGAGACAAAUGCAUGAAAGUGUAGUAGCCGAAUAGAAACGGGCGCAGAAAAUGGUCAUAUCUGAUAUAAAAAGAAAGCAAUUCUCGCCAAUAAAGAUUUUCGUGUCGCCGCCACCUGUUGUUCUUUCUGCCGGAGGGCCGCACGUUUUACAUGGCGACAGAGGACAAGAAGACACGCCGAACCCCGCAUGCGUUUGGUGGACAACCAACGAUUCCGCUGCCAGCUCCGUUGCAAAUGACCGAGAGUUCGUUGCCGGAGAAUUGGAGAAUAUGGAAGGCGAAGUGGCUAGACUUUGU